AAAUCUACGCCCCCUCUCUUGUUGAAGAAGAGCCGUCAUAGAAGGGGAAGUACAGAGUGGAGGAGAAAUCCGAAAAUGGUGAAAUUCCUCAAGCCCAACAAAGCCGUCAUCGUCCUCCAAGGCCGUUACGCCGGUCGGAAGGCGGUCAUCGUUCGCGCCUUUGACGACGGUACCCGGGAUCGUGCUUAUGGCCACUGUUUAGUCGCUGGAAUCAAGAAGUACCCGGCCAAGGUCAUCCGCAAGGACUCCGCCAAGAAAACCGCCAAAAAAUCUCGAGUCAAGGCCUUUGUCAAGCUCGUCAACUACAGGCACCUGAUGCCCACAAGGUACACUCUCGAUGUCGAUCUUAAAGACGUUGUCACUAUUGAUUCAUUGCAGUCAAAAGACAAGAAGGUGACUGCCGCCAAGGAGACUAAGAAGAGGUUCGAGGAAAGGUUCAAAACCGGGAAGAACAGGUGGUUUUUCACCAAGCUCAGGUUUUGAAGUGGCUGCUUCAAUUAUGGGUUUGUUCUGCAUUACUCUCUUGUUAGGUUAACUGAACAACCUUAUUUUUUGUUUUUGAGCUAUCGUACGUUUUACAUUACGAGUUUAGUUUGAUUUGGUGUUAUGGAUUGUGUGCAAAUUACAUUUCCAUCAGUUGAAUUUAUAUUUAAUACUUAAUGUCUGAAGCCCGUGGAUAGUUGCAAAUAUUCUUCUGGCUAUUUUUGUUGUAGUUUGAUAAGAGUUACUUUUACGCAUAUAAGAACUUAAAUGAACAAAUUUGAUGUUUUAAUGAUU